AUGGUCACCAUCACCAACUUCAUACUAAUGGUGAUGGUUUUCAAUUUAUGCAUUUCUUUAGUACAAUCAGUCACAGGUCAUUUCUCCUUCAAAGAAGAAUUUCCAAAGUGGGUGGAACGGCAAGACAAGAUGCUGCUCACAACAGAUGAUGCUCAUUUUGAUAUGAUCGUUGCUGGCGAUGGUUCGGGAAAGUACGUUAAGGUAAUGGAUGCGGUAUCAGCUGCGCCAAAGAAUAGCAAAAAGCGUUUUGUUAUAAAAGUUAAGAAAGGCAUUUACAUGGAAAACGUGAUUAUCGGUCCAGAUAAACCUAAGCUCAUGAUUAUAGGAGAGGGAAUGGAUGUUACGGUUAUUUCUGGUAACCUGAGUCACCGCGGAAACAACUUGACUUCAUACGACACAGCUACCUUUGGUGUUGAUGGCGAUGGUUUCAUAGCAAGAGAUAUCACUUUUAAGAACACUGCCGGACCUAUGAAUGAGCAAGCUGUUGCAUUAAGGUCAAGUUCGGAGAAAUCCAUCUUUUAUAGGUGUAGAAUUGAUGGUUAUCAAGACAGUCUCUACGCUCACUCUCUAAGACAAUUUUACAAAGAGUGCAUAAUAAGUGGGACGGUUGAUUUUAUCUUUGGGUAUGCGGCUGCCGUUUUUCAAAAUUGUGACAUACUAGUGAAGAAAGGAUUACCUGGACAAUAUAAUACUAUUGCCGCUCAAGGAGGGGAGUUUAAACCUAACAUCCCAUUUGGUUUUGUAUUACAAUUCUGCAACAUUUAUGCUGAUUCCGACCUUCUCCCGGUUGUUCACUCUACUAAAACCUAUCUCGGAAGGCCAUGGCAUGCACGCUCGAAAACAGUGUUCAUGCAGUCUAACAUAAGUAGUGUGGUGAGUCCAGAAGGGUGGUCAGAAUGGGCUGGGAAACCUGAAUUUUCUGACACCUUAUAUUAUGCUGAAUUCAAAAAUUAUGGACAGGGAGCUGUGCUGAAAAAUCGUAUAAGAUGGAGAGGUUACCAUAUUCUUAGGGAUUUUAAGGAGGCUAAUAAAUUUACCGUAGCCCAAUUAAUUUCUGGAAAUACAUGGAUACCUUCAGAUGUACCAUUUACUCCUGGGUUUGGAUUAGGGAAUUAA